AUGGAAAAAAAGAAAGAGAAGAAUAUUAUAAAAGACAACAAGAACAAAUCCAAAAGGAUCGAGAACUUCGUGAGAAACUCCAAACGGAAAAAGACAAAGAAACAAUUUGAAAGUUAUAACAUUCCAAAUGGAAAUCGUGAAUUCACUUGGAAACUAGGAACAAAAUAUGAUAAAAUAAAAUACAUCGUCAUAGCAUUUCAGACUGCAAGAGAUAACAAUUAUCUCAAUGCUGCUAAAUUUGAUAAUUGUGGACUUGAAGAAAUCUAUGUUGAAUUGAAUAGUGAAAGAUAUCCAUACGAAUGUCUGAAGUUUGAUUUUGAUAAAUUCAAUGCAGUUCAACAAUACAAUUUUGCUAAAGAAUUCAGAAAUAGUUACUAUGAAAGUGUAAAAGAUUACAUUUUCAUGGAAGAAGAUGCUGUGGGAUCCUACUUCAGAAAGUAUUUCGCUAAUGAAGCUCUUUCGAUUACAUUUUCUCCAAAACCGGACACUGGGGCUCAGGGAGGAUUUAUCGUUCACGUAGCUGACGCCGACUAUUUUGUCAAGAAUCAUACCUUUAUGGGUCGUGGUUCUGCUCAUUCACGCGUUGAUAAGCGAGAAAUAUUCGUCUAUCGGCUUUUGCAAUUUAUUGGUGUUGGUGCCGAUGCACAUUUCAUUCCGAGUGCUUAUUCGAGGUGCUACACAUCAGCACUCGCUUUGCAUAUCGCCACAAAGAGAGGUACUACCCCAAGAAAGUUGUAUUCACAGUGCUACACUUUUUGGACAGCGACUCGACCAUCCUUCACUGAACAUGAUUAUAAAAAAUUGGAAGCUGCUUGA